CUAAUUCGAUUUUUAAAGUUCAUUCACCGAGGUUUUAAACGAACUUUGUCUAGGUUAAAUAAUUUAGCCAACCAACGAACGAUUUUUGCCUUGUUUCAGCUAUUAACACAUAGCAUGUUGUUGAUGUAUUGAGAGUAUACAUGUUAUCACCGAGAACACCUUAAUUAAUCAACAUCGAGGCAACUGCUUCAAAAUAGGAUCGAUAUGAAAAUAUAAAGUCUCGCAUCUUUAAAAAUCAGUUAUCAUUAUAGAGGAAGGAUUCUGAGAAGAAAAAAACGUAAGAUUAGUCUGAGUGUUAGGCCGACGAGGAGAAUGCAGUAGAAUAGCAGUGGAUAAACGUUUACUCUUUUUAGGAAAGAUAUAUAUUGUUUAAGAGGUUAAGUGGACGGGUACAAUGCACGGUACACCAGGACAGUUGGAUGCCAACAAUAUGCGAGACUUCGUUCAGAAGAACUCUUUAGAGCGCGUGGCGCAUGAAAAAAGAACAAAGACAAUUGAGCACCAGAAGAAAGUCUUCGUGAGGCAAUAUUCAAAGGACGAGCAGGAGGUCAAGGACAUUCUCCAACGCCUGCACGUGGAACAGUUGAUAUAUGACGUGGAUUACUUACCAACAGAUGCAGUGAGAAAUGAUCUAGAGGAGGAGGAGGGUGACAUUGAGGAGGAGGAGGUAUUCGUCAACCCUUAUCCUAUCACAAUCAUCCCAAAAUUUGGUCAGACGACUGUAAAACCGGGAUCAACACCAAAGAAAGGAAUUGGAGACACGGACCCACAGCGAUAUCGGUCUGGCCGACGGAAAUCACUAGAAUUUGAAGACAUCCCAACUCUGGGAUGCUCCGGAAGUGCCAAACAGGGCCAACAUGGCCGUCCUUCCGUAACAGGGGUAUCUACACCCGCUGGACGUACCAGAAAGUUGUCGAGCACUUCUGAUCAACAGGAAAUCGCAGAUAUUUGGGUAGGCGAUCCCGAAUUUAUUUCUUCUGUCCGUAGACCUCGGAAAACCUCAUCUGACAUCAACCACAGAAAGUUACUGCAGCGAGCCAUGAGUGAUGUUUGGGUACAGUCCAACACAGAAAGUCUGUCGAGAUUGUCCACCUUUGCACGAAAGUGCAGCGCGGAUGAGUUGCACAAAGACAUAUCAUCUACUUCAAUAAUUUCAAAGAAAGAAAAGAUUUCCGGUUCUUUGAAAUCAAAUAAUGACGAAAUCAAUGCUGGUGCACAAGAUGGCGCUGUCAAUUCAUCACCUGAUCGUGUCAGGAAGCUGAGCGUGAACAAAGAUGCGCAUGCGUUACAUUUAAAGGACGAAACUAAAUCGACGAAUUCGGACAAUAAAAGUUAUUUGAAUAGGUCAGACAAGAAAUCUUCUUUCAAGAAACCAAGUAAAUCUGAAAGCGAAAUGAAAGCCAUACUUGUGACUGAUGGAGGUGAUGCAGAAGGCAAAGAGAACGAUAUCGGCCGCAGUGGGAAGUCUUCACUGGACGGAACCUCUCGAGUGCGAAAACUGGGGAGAGUUGAAACCGACACUCCUGAUGUAGACCUAACUGAAGUAAAUACUGAUAAGAAUACAGGGCCCCAAGCCAGGAAACGAGUAUUGAAGAAAAAACGGUCCAUGCCAGAGAUGAAAAUAGGCUCGCCAUCAACAAUGUCCUUGGAUGAAUCAUCGCCAGACACAAGACCAAGGGCAAGGCACGGGUCGUUGAAAGAAAAAACAGAAAUCAAAUCGAGGCCACGGAACAGUUCAUUCAAUUAGCAGGUAAAACAUAUUGGUGUAUAUAUUUAUACAGUUCUGUGUUCAGAACCAGCUUCAAUGUGAAGAGGAGUUGUGAGGCGGAUCAACAUAUCUAACAUGUAUAUGCUAAAUGCAGAUGUAACUAUUAUCUGUAAUAGGUCCCGAUACUAAGACAAUAGUAUUUAUCUCGACGGUUAUGUACGGUUCCGUAAUAGGGCAAGGUUUUAUUCUACAACUCUGUAUUAUCAUCCAUUAUCUUCCCAAAGAAUUCCGUCUGGCAGAUGGGCACGACAUUCGCAGUCUUAAUAACAUCUUUGGCCGGAAUGAAAUAUUCUAAUCUAUUAUACAAAUAUAGAACUAGCUUAAAUAGUUACAGCUCCAAUUAGAAUUUAUAUUUUCAAAUUCCAAACAACUGCCAUUAAAACGUGACUAACACUUA